AUGUCGCAAGACGGGAGGUAUCCAGAGACUGACCAGGAGGAACAGAAGAGAGAAGUUUGGACAAACAAGCGAGAGUAUAUUUUGUCUCAAGUAGUGUAUGUGACGGCCGUGUUGCCAUACAUCCUGCUGACGGUGCUGCUGAUAAGGUCGUGCAUGAUGCCGGGGUCGGUGGACGGCCUUCUGUAUUUCCUUAGACCGGAUUUUUCAAAACUACUGACAGUCCAGGUGUGGCUGGAGGCAUUACUGCAGAGUUUCUAUGCGAUGAAUACAACGUAUGGCGGCCUCAUCACAAUGGGCAGUUUCAACUCCUUCAACAAUAAUUGUAUCAGGGAUGUGGUGUUGGUAACAAUCAUUGGCCAGCUGAGCUGUAUCUUCUGUGGCUUCACCGUCUUCUCUACUCUGGGCUUUAUGGCUAAUGAAGCUCAGGUACCCAUUGCUGAAGUCGUAUCCUCAGGAUCAGGGCUUGGGUUCAUCAUCUACCCUGAGGCUAUAUCCAAGCUGCCUUUAUCCCAACUAUGGGCUGUUCUGUUCUUCCUUACACUGCUCACCGUUGGGAUUGACUCAAUGGGAGGAGUGUACCUCUUCCAGUUACUGGACUGGUACUCCUCAUCCUUCAAUGCGCUUCUGAUUGGCUGUCUCGAAUGUGUCGUCAUCUACUGGAUCUAUGGUUCUGAGAGGUUCGGCAAGGAUAUCAAAACGAUGCUGGGCCGUCGUCCUCCAACUUUGCUGAGACUUCUGCUGUCAUAUGUUACCCCAGGCAUUCUCUUUGCUGCUCUCGUCGUUUCCUUGUUUGGGUACGAUCCUCCCAGCUAUGGCGAGUACAUAUAUCCAGAGAUUGCCAAAAUAAUGGGAAUUCUCUUGGCAGUAGGAUUUUCAGUACCAAUACCUGUCAUGUUUGUGUACGAGUGUCUCAGGAAGAAAGGAAGUAUCUGUCAGAUCAACAGCUGUCAGAAUGAUGAACCCGGCAUGGACACAACUGUUAUAAAUGGGAUGGCGCGACAGUGUCGACGGUUUUGA